UUUGACGAGGAGUGCCCAUCAGUACCAUUCGUUUUUGUAAAUAUGUAGGGUUAAGCUGAUAUUCUGUUAGCAUAAAAACCCUCACUGUAAUUAUUUAUAAUUACCUACUAUGGAACUUGGUUAGUCAUCACUUCACCACGGUAUGAUUAUAUAUACAUAUAUAAACAUCUCGAAGCCUGAUAUUUUAUAAUGAAACCAAAUGAUUACUGGAUUUAAACUGGGAAACCAGCCAUUUCUUCACCAAACUGAGAUGAAGUAAUGGCCAGCUGACUGCCAUAGUGGAUGAUUAUAGGCCAUGGACACUGAAGUCAUCUUCAGUUGUUGCUCAAUAUAAAAUGCCGGCAUUGAUAGCUUUCCGUCGACGUUGGGCCAUUGGAAGCGAUGAUUUUGUUUUUCCAGCUCUCUUUGACUUUGGAAUACAUAUUGUUUGCUUUGUCAUCAUUAUUACACUUUUCUUAUUAAAUCAGAAAGAUUUUUCAUGUUCUGGACCUCAAUAUCUUAAUAUAUUUAUUAUAAGCUUGUUAGUACUCCUAGGUGCAACUAUUAUUCUAAAUGCUGCAAUUGCAUACGUUAGUUCUUGUGGUACAAUAACUCAGGUGCAACCAAGGCAUUAUCUUCCAUUACUUUUAUAUGCAAGGAUAUUUUUGGGUUUACCUCAAAUCAUCUUAAAUGGAUUUGGAACUAAAUGGGCCUUCACUCAGGAAGAUCACGCUUGUGAAUCUAAUUUUGUAGUAAUUCUUGUUCAGAUUAUUGUAAUAGGUUCUUGGUGUCUUUUGCUGAUCAUUGUAGGGAAAAUAUUGAUUGUCUUUGAUCCACUUGGUGCAGUUAAAAUCCAUGGAAGUGGAAGCAAAAUAAGGGAUAUUGAUCGCAAUGAUCCACAGGCUCUCUACAUUAAUUUAAAUUCAACAGAAGUUGAGAAAUCAAAGCAACUUUGGGAAUUUCGGAUGAAAGUAUUAUGUUGUUGUACUGAUGGUAGUCCCAAAGAACACAGUAAAAAUGCAUAUUCUGAAAUUGCUCAACUAUUUUCUUCUUACUUUCAAGAUGUAGAUCUUGUUCCAUCAGAUGUGGUUGCUGGCUUGAUUCUUCUUCAUGAGAAACAAAUGGCAGAAAGGAUAUCAAGAGCAUCGACUUCACAGCAUUCAGAAACAUUUUCUGCUCAGUCACCUGAUUCUCUCACAAGUACAGGUAAAUAUUAUAUUUAACAAAGAAAAGUUGAUUUUAAAUACAGUUACUCAAUAGUGUUUCUAAGAUACGGUACUUUAAUUAAAAUUAAUAG